AAGAAGACAAGUCAGCCACCCUAAUAAAAGAACACUUUCCUUAGAAAUUUCGAUCCUCAAAAUCAAAACCUCCCAAUCCAAAUCCUCUCUCUUUCUCUUUCCUCUUCCAUCACCUUCACGUACGAACACGAAGCAUUCACACUACCAUUUCAAAAAAUGGGCUUUAAGUUAUUAAUAAAAAACACACUCCCUUCUCAUCAAAUUUCUUGUUUAUGAUCGAUUAACAAAACACGAGAACAAACACGAACGCGAACAUGAUGCAGCUUCAUGAGAAAAUAUAUGUGGCUUUGAGUAAUGAAAUGCAAGAAGAAGAAGGUUGUUUGACUUUAAAUUGGGUCAUUAAAAAAUGGGGUUCUCAUCAUCCUAUCUCCAUUAUUAUUCUCUUCAUCAAUAAUUCUUCUUCCUUUGAAUUUGUUGAUACCCCAUUUGGAAAGCUUCCUGCAAGUUCUGUAAGUGAUGAUAAAAUUCAGAUGCUCAGGAAUUGUGAACAAGAGAAAACUGACAAACUCCUAUCCAGAUACAUUGCCUAUUGUGGAAAAGUAAAAGCAGAGGUUCAUAAAAUUAAUAACCAUGAUGAACCAAUUCAAAAGACGGUGGUUGACUUAAUCAUAGAGAAGAAAAUUACUAAGCUUGUUAUGGGAAUGACAUUUAUGAGAUCAUCAUCAGGGAGAUCAAAGAACGCGAUUAGUGGGUCGUUUUACGUUCAUCGAUCGAAGCCGGAUUUCUGUGAAUUAUUCAUACUAAGCAGAGGAAAAUUGGUAAUGCUUAAGGAAGAAAAUGAUGAAGGGUACAUGGAAGAUGAGGAAGGGGUAAUUGUGGCAAAAUAUAAGCAAAAAACUAAUUUUAAAGGUUGGUUAGGAAAAAUGUUAUCCCAUGGACAAGUGAAUUCCCCAACAUACCCCUCAUUACGGUAUUCGAGUCUGGAUUCGGAUUCCCCUCUUUCAAGGACUGUUACUAAUCAAUGGGAAUUGUAUGAACAAGAUAUCGAGGAGUAUCUCCACGAGUUAGAGUCAAAUUUAAAGGACGAAGAUAAAGAUGAUGCCGAGGAAAAUAAUACAAAUGUGCAAGACAUGUUUGUUGAUUGUAUACAGAGUCCUGGUGAGAGAAUAGAAGCUCUGAAACAUGAUUUACAAGCAGCACGCGCUAUGAUUGAGUUGAAUAAAAAUGCAGCCAAGGCUGAAGUCGACAGACAAGCCAAAGCUUCAUGGGCUAUUUGCUUGUGCAAUCAUCGGGCCGAGCAACUCCAAACUCAAAUAGCAGAAGAGAUCUCAACGCGAACUGAACUAACCAAAGACAUAGACAAUACCAAAGAGCAGAUUCAUGAAAUUCAAGCUGAUGUGCAAGAGAGCAAGGACAGACUAAGCUCAUUAGUCGAGCUCCAAUCUGAGCUGUCUAGCAAACUCCAAGUUUCCUCAGUUGCUAAGCGGGAAGCUGAGAUGAAGCUAGAGAAUGCAGCCAAUAAAAGAACUGAGCUAGUGAGAGAAAUCGAGGAAUUGAGAAAGCAGAGAGAUGUGUUCCAAAGAAGGAUAGAGUUUUGCAAAGAAAAGGAUGCUAUUGGCUCGGCUAAUAGGAUGGGUGAUCAGGUGAGCUGCAGCCACAGGGAGUUCAGUGCAGAUGAGAUCAGAUCAGCUACUGAUAACUUUGCUACAUAUAGGAGAUUGGCAUAUGGACGAAAUUGGACUAGUGAGUACAAAGGCCGGAUCAAUCGCCUGUCUGUUGUAGUGAAGGUGCUCGAUUCCAAUGUUCAUAUGUGCCAGGAGUUUUUCCAAGCAAAGGUGAAUCUCCUUGCAAACCUCCGGCAUGCCCAAGUCACAGCAUUUAUCGGCUACUGCUCAGAGCUCAAGUGCUUAGUUUUUGAAUACAUGCAAAACGGAUGCCUCAGAGACAUCAUAUUCUCAAGGACAAAAGCCAGGGCACUCCAAUGGCACCAGAGGAUCCAAAUUGCUGCCGAAGUCAGCUUAGGCUUGAGAUUCCUCCACCUCGCAAAACCCAUGCCCAUAGUAUGUAGUGAGCUUAACCCAUCCACCAUCUUCCUGGACCGUAAUUUUGUGGCCAAGCUCCAUUCAUUUGAAGUCAGACCAAGCCCUGAUGAGUUUCAUGAGUGUGAUAUGCAGGCAGAUGUGGUUGCUUUUGGAGACUUGUUGCUUCAGCUUCUUAUGGGAAGGAACUGGGCUAGGCUUGAUCAUGAGGCUAUGAUAAUUGACAAUAAACAGGUCAUCCUCGAAGCCUUGGAUGAAAAUGCAGGUGAUUGGCCUUUGGAUUUGGUAGAGGAGGCUGUGAAGCUAGCAAUGAAAUGUAGGUCCAUAAACUCAGAGCCUAAUGUAGGAGAGAUUAUGUCUUCAGUGACUGAAGAGUUGAAUGGACUAAAGAAGAAGGCCGAUGAUGUGAUAACUAAAAGAGAAUAUCAUAUGGGAAGUGAAGAUGGUACAUCCUCUGGCGAGGAGUGGAGUCAUGUUCCUUCCAAUUUCUUGUGUCCCUUACUUCAGGUCGUAAUGGACAAUCCACAUAUAGCAGCAGAUGGAUACUCAUAUGAGCUAGAAGCCAUUGAAGAAUGGUUGCGACAGGGGCACCAUAAUUCUCCGGUGACCAACCAGAAGCUAAAGCACAGACAUCUUGUUCCUAACAACAAUCUUCGUUUUCUCAUCCAAGACUGGCGUAGUAGCACAUCCUAACACACUAACAGUACAAACAUCUCCAUCUCUAUUUAAUAGGCCACAUUUGAUUGGAGGUCAUUCUUAAAGAACCGAAUAGAAAUACCUAAUCCAUGUUAGAUUAUACAUCCCUACCAUGCCACCAUAAUCUUUCAUUACAGUUUUUAGUCAAAGGUAUCAUUACAUGGAUUAGGUAGUAAUAUAGAUUAUAGUCUAGUUAAAUAUCUUACCUUAGUAUAUCCCAAACAUAAAUGUGGCCUAUUAUUUAUUGACUGAAGAAAAUUUAAUCUUUAUAAAUAUUUAUAAAAUUCACAAUGUUCUAGUUAUACCUUCUUUAUUUUUUUCCUUUCACAGGUAAGUUUAUCUAUCUAGACGAAAAUAUGGAUUCUUCAGGUGAUGGUUUCAACAAGCUUUCACUCAGUGUUCCUCAUAUGUGUGUGUAUAAGAUGUUUUAGAAGGGCGUUUGCUUCAUUAUAUCUUAAGAAUACAAGAAUAGAAUGGGAAUGUAUAACUUCUCUCAGUCUUCUUGUACUUCUUUCACUUUGUGAUUGUGAAAAUGUUCUAGAGAUUUAAAAGUUUAUAUAGUACAAUCUUCUCUGUUCA